AUGGGUGGGGGUAUUUCGCUUUUAAGUCUGUGGUCUAAGGGAGAGGCUGUUGUUUUUUCCACCUCGAACUCACUUUGAGCAACUCUACAACAUCUGAAGGCAAAAAUCACUGACCGAAGAAGAAAACACGUUCAGUUUAGAGCGUUAUUACAAUGGAUACAGAGGCGGUGAAGAUGUCUUCGCUCUCUGAAGAGGAUUUAUCUUGUCCUGUGUGUCAAGAAGUCUUCAAGGAUCCUGUUAUUUUGUCCUGCAGUCACAGUUUCUGUAGAGAGUGUCUUCAGCACUUCUGGAGGACUAAGGGCACUCAGCAGUGUGCUGUCUGCAGGAGAAUAUCCGCUCACGAGCCGCUGUCUAACCUAGUGCUGAAAAACGUCUGCGAGUCGUUUUCUAAAGAGAGAAAAGAGAAACCAGAGGAGAUCUGCAGUUUACACAAUAAAAAACUCAAACUCUUCUGUCUGGAGGACAAACAGCCUGUGUGUUUAGUGUGUGUAACCUCACACCAACACGACCAGCACACAUUCAGACCCAUCGGUGAACUGGUUCAAGCAUAUAAGGAUAUCGAAACAGCAAUGAAGUCCUUAAAAGGGAGACUAAAACAAUACAAAAACAGUAAAGAAGAGUUUGAGAAAACCAUUCAGCACGCCACGGCACAAACGAAGCACACCGAGAUUCAGAUUAAACUCCAGUUUGGGAAGCUUCAUCAGUUUCUCCGUGAUGAAGAAGCUGCUACAAUCUCUGCUCUGAAGGACGAAGAGGAGCAGAAUAAGCAGAUGAUGAAGAGGAAACUGAAUGAGAUGAACACGCGCAUCUUUGAAACUGCACACACAAUCAAGCGCACAGAGCAGAUGCUGAAAAACAAUGACAUCUGCUUCAUAAAGGAUUUUCUAGUGUCAAUGGAAAGGUUUCAGUCUUUGUUUCCAGACCCACAUAUCCCUUCUGGAGCUUUGAUUAAUGUGUCUCAGUACUUGGGGAACCUGCAGUACAGAGUGUGGAAGAAGAUGCAGGACAUCGUCCACUACACUCCUGUGAUUCUGGACCCAAACACUGCUCAUCCACAUCUCAUCCUGUCUGAUGAUCUGACCAGCGUCAGAGAGAGCGAGGACAAACGUCAGUUUCCUAAUAAUCCUGAGAGAUUCGACCGUUUUCCGUGUGUGUUGGGCUCGGAGGGAUUUAGAUCAGGGAAACACAGCUGGGUUGUGGAGGUGAGCUACAGUUUUUACUGGAAUCUGGGAGUGACGACAGCAUCCAACCAAAGAAAGGGCCGUGAUUUCUAUGACACUAAUGUCUGGAGUGUGGAGUAUUAUGAGAAUCCUCCACAGGAUUCACUGAACUCCACUGUGUCCACUUGUUUCACUGUCACACAGAAGCUGGAGUGUGUGAAGGUUGAGCUGGACUGUGAUGAAGGAACUGUGAGUUUCUCUGAUCCUGCAACAGACACACAUCUACACACAUUUACAGCCACCUUCACUGACACCGUCUUUCCUUUCUUCUGGGGUUUUUCCUAUCAGAAGAUUUUGCCGAUCAAUAUGCAGUGAAUGUUAAAGCUGUAGUCUGGGCACGGUUGCAUUAAAAGCCUUAAGUAAU